AUGGCCACACACAUUGACAAUCCCCAAGGCCCGGUAACUAACCCUGAAGGCGCGGUAGCCAAUCCUCAAGAGCCGAAUAAGCACUCGCGAGGAAAUGAUACCGCAUAUGGAAUGCUCACCCCCGAGAGCACUCCUGCGCCAGAAGAUGGGAGGAUUGCGGCCGACCAGGCACGACGAGCGCGAGAGGCAAGGCAGCAGGACGUUAUGCCCCCAAUCGCCGAAGAACCCUCUCAGUCUAAACCUCCGUACGAUGCAUCGCAGGCUGAUCAGGAAUCUGAGAAUGUCGGCGGCGAUAGCAAUAGCGAUAAAGCUGAAGCGGUUCGCUACGUCCUCGGAUGUCAGAGAAAUGAUUACCGCAAGAUAUUGAAGCUUGAACCGGCGGCAGACGAUCCACAAGAGAAAGCUAACAUCAUGAACGCGUUUACUCGCCUAGGAUGUCUAACCCAUCCAGACUAUAACGAAACUGAAGGUGCUCACGAUGCCUUCAUGAGGGUUCUCAAAGCAGGUAAGAAGCUAGGGGUUGAGAGAGACGAAAUUAACCAGGUGAAAUUCUGGGACGGCGAAGAAGUUUUCGAAGAGAUAUACAUAACUUCCAACGGUAACUACGCAGCCAAAGUAGAUCAGAUGGAGAUCGAUCCACCCACGCUCAAUAUAUCGCUAACGGAGACCCAUAAGCAAAUUUGGGGCGAGGCGACUUCCCUCCUGAGUCAGCUAAUGGAUAAUCCUAACGACGGGGAGGUUAUUGCAAAACUAAAUAACAUAAAUACUAAGAUUAUGCAGGUGAAUAUGGCCAACGGGUUCCCGGUACAAUACCUUAAUAACUAUACUAUUAACAUCGAUACAUUCAAACAUAUUUUUAUACGGGCCGCCCCUCUCGUGGACCAACUAAAGAAGAACCACGCAGAUAAAGAGGCUUGGGCGAAGUGGAACGCUCUUAACGACGAGCUGGCAAAUUUUAGAAAAUUAUGUGGUUUCCCUGAUGAAUGGGUAUUACGUCCUCCUCCCGAAAAUGUAUCCGGACCGGUCGUCGGAGAAAACGUACGACCUAAUGAAGCCCCUGCUGCAUAUAUACCUAGUCCCCCCGUCGAAGGAAACGUACGACCUAAUGAAGCCCCUGCUGCAUAUGUACCUAGUCCCCCCGUCGAAGGAAACGUACGACCUAAUGAAGCCCCUGCUGCAUAUAUACCUAGUCCCCCCGUCGAAGGAAACGUACGACCUAAUGAAGCCCCUGCUGCCGAAAAUACACCUAGGCCCCCCAUCGAAGGAAACGUACGACCCAAUGAAGCCCCUGCUGCCGAAAAUACACCUAGGCCCCCCAUCGAAGGAAACGUGCGAGGUGAUGAGCCUCCUUCUACUUCGACGAUGCCCGUUGACCAACUAAGCUACCGUCGCUGUACCCGAAGAGAGGGUUAUGUACGGGAUGGUGGUAUUGACAAAAGAAUCGAAGGACAUCUUAAAGUCGGCAUAGGCUAUCAGUUAGUGAUCAGUCACCCCGGAAAGAAUAAUCUUACCAUAUACGAGAAAGUUGCCGCUUCCACCUUUGGUAAACACUUUGGAAAAGAAUACAGUAGCCGCCCAGAUGCGAAAACUAUUACUAGGGGAACGGCCAAAGAACUGGAGAACGUGAGAUUCGAGCAAAUGGCGAUCGCGGGUGUUGCAAGUGACCGGAGGGACCCUAAAAAGGAGCCCGCCGGUGGGUGGGCUCAACAAGCGAGGACUCUCGUCCUCGCUGGUUUUGGUGAUAAUCCUAAGUUCGUCUGGUAUCCACGUUCCACUCUCGGCCAAAGAUUCGGGCAAGCACUUGUCGAUGAAGAGAUCACUGCAUUUAGAAUCGAAGCCGGUCAAGAAGAACCACUGCAGCCAACCAGACGAGUUUCCAGACCCCUUAAAGUUCCUACCGUUCAACCGCAAACAGCCCCAGAGCCACCACAAUCCGAUGAGAGUCUCAUGCAAUCGGUGAAGGCUCUUUUGGCUACUAUGAUAGCGAAACUUGACCAAUUAGAAGGAGAGAUUUAA